CAUGGAUACCUAUUUUCGAGUAUAGCAGGGUACUGCCGAUGAAGCAGACUAUGGAGUUUUAAUGGUCAAUGUUGUGAACUUUCAAUAUCUCGACUUAGGCAGCUUAUGAAAAGAUGCGUUCAUCUUUGAGACUGCUUGCCUCUGUCUCCCGCAGCCAGCCUUCGAAACUCAAAAAGCCUGCAAUUAGCUUGGACCAUUUCAUACAAAGACAGCGGGUCCUCAGUCUAUGGCGCGAGAUAGUCAGGGCGCUGAACAAGAUUCCUAAAUCGUCCACUCGGGAUGAGCUGCGCAGCUAUGCUCGUUCAGGGUUUGAGCGGCAUCGCAACGUAACAGACUUGCAACAUAUACGAUAUCUCGUCUCGACUGGAAAAGCCGAGUUCGAAACUAUGAAACGGUAUAUCGACGAACAAAUCGCGAGUUAAAUCGAUCUCGUCGGAGUCGACCCAUAGUCGCGUCUGCUACAACGCAUCUGGCUCAAACUUGGUUGGUGAAGGAGAGCUUCUCUUAUUCUUA